AGCCCGCUACCUCUGGAAUCCAUAGUGCGCAGGCGCGUCCUCUCUGUUUCCUUUCCUCUCACUUUCUCCCCCUCCCCCUUUCCCCUUCACGAAGCCGGCUCCGGUGCGGAGGCUACUGGACGCCGGAUUCGGGAGACACUCUUCCCAGUCCCCGAAAAUCAUGUACCAGCCAAGUCGAGGAGCAGCCCGGAGGCUCGGCUGCUGCCUCCGCGCCUACCAGGCCAGACUUCAGGACCAAUGCUCUUCUCAGGCUCCACCAUUCCUACCCUUGUGGCUCAGCUCACCAGCAGUCACUUCUCCUUCAGUGUCUCCACAUCUUCGGCUCCCUUCUCUUUCACUCCCUUCCAGCCAGCUCUUCCCCCAACUUCCCCAACAGCCCCUCCCUCAGACCCAGGCCUUCAUAUCACCCUGGGUGGGUCUUCCUUCUGAGAAGGGAGAGGAUGGACAAGGGCCAGGAUUGCAUGGAGGCUGCCUGGAUGGUCUUAGAAGCCUCUUUGAGGAAUUGCCUUGCCCCCACCCUGGGGCUGUGAUCCCAUUCCGGGCCCCUGGAAGUCCUCACCCCUCUCCUGCCACUCCAUCAGGGAACCCCAACAUGGAGGAACAUCUAGCUGUCAUGCAUGAGAAACUGAGGCAGGAGCUCCCCAACCUGUUUCUUCGCUCCCACGAUUACAACCUCUACUCAUCUGAUGUGGAAUUCAUCAAUGAGAUCCUGAACAUUCGAACCAAAGGCCGCACAUGGUACAUUCUGUCAUUGACCCUCUGCCGAUUCUUGGCCUGGAAUUAUUUUGCUCAGCUGCAGCUAGAAGUUCUGAGGUUAAGCCAACAUCCUGAAGACUGGACACUGCAGGCACGAUGGCGGCUUGUGGGUUUGCCUACCCAUCUCCUCUUCCUACGCUUCUACCGCCGGGAUAAGGAUGACCUUUACCGGACAUAUGAUGCCUAUUCUACUUUCUACCUAAAUUCCGAAGGCCUCAUUUAUCGUCAUCGCCUGGAUAAACUGAUGCCCUCACAUUCACCUCCAAUGCCUGUCAAGAAGCUGCUGGUGGGAGCCCUGGGAGCCCUGGGCUUGGUAGAGCCAGAGGAGGAAGCUAGCUUACAUCUAUGUCCUAAGUCCUGAAUAAGGAUGAGGGGAACUUGGGCAUAGGAGCCCCUCCAGCUGUUCUCGCACGUCUCGUGCUCGGCGCAAGGAGCGCAGCUGCACAAAGUUUUCAUAGCACCACUGGGAAGAAUAGCCGCUUUCAACCCACUGGAAGAGACCAAGAAGGGAGGAUUUGGGGACAUAGCAUGGCCAAAUGUCUUCACAGCUGUCACUUCCCUCUUUACCUUCAAUUUUAAGUUACCCAAAUUCUACCAACCUGUGUAUAAACAUUUAGUAGCACCAAGUGGUCCCCACCAGGCAAGAAGAAGUUAACACGGGCAUUAUCAGCAUGGACAACUUUGUCCUUGGGACGGUAAAAGAUGGAAUUAUUGACUGAUAGCAUGGCAGCCACUGUGAGAAUCUCCUCUGAGCAGCCAUACCUGAGUUGGAGGAAAAGAGUAAUGAAACAAAGAGCAAGACACAUACAUGACACCCCCCCCCCCCCAUAAAUAAAUAAAAGAGAUGAUCAUGUGCUGGGCACUCUAGACCUUUGGUGCCCCCAGAGAGGGGUAAUGCUAAUAAACCCAAGUGUAGAGGACAAAGGAAUAGAGGUUCAACAUGAAUUGCACAUGAGGAGGCAAUGUGAACAUUUUAAAGGGUUUCUAUUUAGGGUAUGUAUACAGGAUUGGGGGAAGUUUGCCCCCUUUGAAUAAGUACAGAGAAGGAAAUAGACAUUAAUAUGCUGCAUAGGAAAGAGGGUCACUCACUUUUCAGAUGCCAAAAUCAUCUUCGAUAACAUAGGAUCCACAGGUAAUUCUGCCAUUUUUCGGCCCGGCUAAGAGAAAAGGAAAUACACAAUUUGGGUCCAUCUUUCCCAACAGAAACCUCAGAAUGACCCAUAUCUCCCAUCUUCCGUUUUCAUCCUGCAUUUUACCCUCCCUCCCCUGAUCUCUCCCCUUUUUCAACAUUCCCAUCCUUGCUGACCGUGGUGAGCUCCCCUAGGUGGUUUAGUGCUCCCAGAGCAUACAACUGUUCUAGAGCCAGCAGCAGGGUCUCGUAGGGUGGAGGAUCCAAAAAGUCAAAGUGCAUUAAAUCAUGGAUUCCUAAGAGCAAGGGAAGAGAGUUAACUUAUAAAAGCCCAGAAUUCUGGCCAUAAUUCCAGCCCUCCCCUUCUUAUUCAUUCUUUCAGAGACUGCCACCUAGCUCACCCAGACUCUUUAGUAACAGGACAACGUUGCCUAAACUGGUCCUCUGGAUUUCUGGUACUGUGGUCUCCUCUAGCUCAUGCUGAUAGGCCCAGGCUGUAUAGAGGCGAAAGCACUUCCCUGCAGCUACUCGACCAGCACGGCCAGCUCUCUGAUUAGCUGAGGCCUAGAGAAUGGGCAAUUUAAAGAACUCUUAAGAGGUGAUGGCAAUUCCCUACCUCCUUCUCCAGAGGCCCCUCUCCCCAGAGCUGAAUCUUCCUGGAAACAAGUGUCCAUUUCCGUAUUUGUUCUUGUCUCAAGGCCCUGACCUUGCUACAGGGUGUUACAGUAAGGGAUUCCAUGCCAGUUCUGGGGUUGUAGCUCUUUUGUUUGCAGAAACCAGGGUCCAGGACAUAAAUGAUGCCUUCAAUGGUCAAUGAUGUCUCUGCAAUGUUUGUUGCCACCACCACCUGGAGAAAAAAAGAGGAGCCACCUAGUAUUCUCAUUCAACUACACCCCACCCAAAGAGUCACAACACCAUUUCUCUCAGCCACCUGAUUCAUUCUACUAGAUUGUAAACUCCUUAAGGGCAGGGAUUAUUUAAUCUACCUUUGUAUCUCUCUUUACACCUACCAUUGUGCUAUUUGAGGACCUUAAUAAAAUGUUAUGAAAUUUUAAA